UCACAGCCCCGGAGCGGGGCUGGUGUGUGGCCUGUAUGGCCCGCGGCUGACGAAGUCCUCGGGAAACGCGCUGGCCCUCCGUGGCCCUCUGGCGGCCGCAGCGCGCUGUGCACGACUCGCCGCUUGGAACGCGCUGUGCUUCAUCAGCUCGACGGACAGAAGCUGGCUCCAAUGGUUGACGAUGGUCUCCCGGAAAGCUGUGUCCUCCUCCGUGGGAAUGGAUGUGGGGCGACGCUUCCGCGUGGCGAGCAUCUUGAGAAAGUCCAUCGUCUUCUCUCCCCAUCUGCCAAAUGUCUCCGCAGCGAGGGGCACGAACCGGAAGCCAGCUGCUUGUGUGGCAGGGCCAUACUUGUCCUGGGAGAGUCGAUUGCAUAUUUACAUCUAAACCAAAAGCAUUCACUGCCUACCCCCGUACACCCACUCGCUGCAAUCAACUAGGGUGGAAAGGCCCCCGCUCUGGCAGCACCUCCUCAGCAAACCCUGCCCUCUCCUGCCCAUUCCACCUGCUCGCCCGCCACGCCCUGCUCCGCACCAUGUGUGCGUAGCCCUUCUGCAGCAGUACACUAAUUCGAGCCCACCACCUGUCCACUGCUGUCUCACGUAAAGACUCCACAUCGCCUUCCUCCAUAUAGACAGGUGGCCGCAU